AUGAGUAACAAGAGUAAACAUUUGGAGGAUAUAACAGCAGGUUUGAUUGAAAAUUCCUCAUUUGAAAAAAAUGAAAAAUGUCGAGAAAUGUUACAGACGAUUUGACGAUUAUGGGGAUUUAUAUUCGAAAUGCGCAUGUCGCUCCAACAUAUACUGAAGUUUUAAUACAAGUUUCUUUGUUUGCUAUUAGUGCGCUUCUAACUAUUCUUGCAGUUGUAACAGUUUUCAAGUUCACGUAAGUUAUCUGAAAAAAAACAUUGAAAAAAUAUCACGGAUAAUUUCAGAGUUUUCCAUAAAAAUCAACGUAACAUUUUCGCCUCUUUGCUUCUUUUUUGGUUCGAAUUGCUGCUUUCUCGCGUUAUAUUGUGGAAAUUCAAAUACACUUUGACCAUUGAUUACAAUGGAGGUAAAGAGUACCUGAAAAUUUUGCUCGAAACUUGAAAAUUCUAGAUUUCGCUCUACUUAAUGAUUGCGAACGGUAUGGUGAUUGUGAGGUUUUCGAAAAUUGGUCGGAUCCAGUUUUUGUGGCCGCCAAUUUACGAUAUCAUUAUAUGUUUGUGGUGAUUUUGGCACCAAUUGCAAUUUUGAGUGAGAGAAUUUUCGCGACGGUUUUGGUGAAGUACGUUUUGAACUUUUGGAGAAUUUAUUUGAGAUUUUUUGAUGAAUUUGUAGAUUUCGACCGGUUUUCCUUUCAUUUUGUUAAAGUUUCAUCUACCUUUUUUUCAGAGACUACGAACGCAAAUCGCGUCGAUGGAUCUUCAUCACAAUUCUGUUUUUCCAAAUUUCCCUCGCCUUCACUUUUGCUCUCAUCACCACAACAUUUGGUCUAACUUUUCCUGUCUUAAUCACCGCAACCUCAAUCGCUCUAUUAUCCUCGGGAAUAAUUUUCGGUUUUGUCGAAUUUUUCAACAUCAGACGCUUGCGGAUUUUGGAGAAGAAUCAUCGAAAUGGAAAAUAUUCGUUGAGCAUUCGAUAUCAACUGAAAGAAAAUUUAAAAACUUUAAAAGUAAGGGCAUUUUAGGGAUUUAAGGAUUUCCAAUUUUCAAAAAAAAAAAUUCCAGUUAAUGAGAAGAUUUUUUCUCUCAAUAAUUGGUUUUAUUGUUGUGAUGGGAUUGGCGAAUUCAAUUCCAGUUUUAAUGAACAUGUCGGCAUAUGUUAUUCUCAUAGUUCGACAAUACUUGGACUUUAUUUUUCAUUCGUGAGUUCUAAUAAAACAUUUAUAAUUUUUUUAAACCCACAUUUUCAGCAAUCCCAUUGUGUUGAUUCCAAUCGCUUUAAUAACAAUCGACGCUUAUCGAAACUAUGUGACAAACAAAGUUCGAACAACACUUGGCUACCGCGCGAAAUCGCAAAAAGUUGAUAUUCGAAAAUUGAAAGCUCCCGAAAAUGUUAAAGAAUCUGAUGUCUAUUUUUCGAUUUUCGAGAAACAGAUGAGGAAAAAAUGA